CAGGCGCGGUGGGGUGACGCAGGCGCAGUGGAGCGCAGGCCGCGGGCACGGACGCGCUUAGGGUCGGUCGGGAGCUGUCGUCCGCUGCGAUUCCAAGUCUCCGCCAUAAGAUGUGACUUUUCACAAUCUGUGAUGCAGUGUCUUUUCUCUCUGAUGUGCUUCCACUAUCGUGAGCUGUGUUCCCGACUUGGUGCAAUGACCUAGGGGAGGCCUGAAGAGGAUGUCUCCAAAGAAGGCGUGCCCACGCUUACUGGACUAUCUGGUCAUUAUUGGUGCCAGGCAGCCGAGCAGCGAAAGUAUUGCUCAGACCCCUCAGCUGUUGCGUCGAUACCCACUGGAGGAUCAUCAUGAGUUUCCCCUGCCACCAGACGUGGUUUUCUUCUGCCAGCCCGAGGGAUGUCUCAGCUUGCGCCAGAAACGCACCAGCUUGCGCGACGACAAUUCUUUUGUCUUCACCCUGACGGACAAGGACAGUGGCGUGGUUCGUUAUGGGGUCUGUGUCAACUUUUACCGCUCCUUCCAGAAGCGAAGCCGGGACAGGUCUGACAGAGGUCAACAACGUCAAAAGGGCAAUGCGAUGGAGACGUCAGAUGACCACGAUAACUCCGACAGUGGCUCCUCCUUGGCUACACAUAGUGCUGAUUCCACCCCUGACAUCAAUCGCUCACCCCGAAUGAAGCGGCAUCUUAAGAGUGGGAAUCGGUCGCGGAACAGCACCCUAACUUCGCUCUGCAUUCUCAGCCACUACCCAUUCUUCUCCACCUUCCGUGAAUGUCUCUAUAUCCUCAAGCGACUGGUGGACAGUUGCAGUGAGCGCCUGCUCAUUAAGAAGGCAGGAAGUUUGAAAGGCAUUCAACGAGACACCAUGUGGAGACUUUUCACUGGCUCUCUCACAGUGGACGAAAAGUCUAGUGUCAUCCUGCAUGAUGUGAGAGAGAUUGAAUCGUGGAUCUACCGGCUCCUGCACUCGCCUGUACCAGUUCCUGGCCAGAAGAGAGUAGAUGUGGAGAUACUGCCCCGGGACCUCCAGCCAGCCCUCACUUUUGCUCUGCCAGACAUAGCUCGCUUCUCAUUGGUGGAUUUCCCUCUGCAUCUGCCCCUCGAGCUGCUCGGAGUAGAACCCUGCCUGCAAGUGCUCAGCUGCAUCUUGUUGGAACACAAGGUGGUGUUGCAGUCCCGAGACUACAAUGCACUCUCCAUGAGUGUGAUGGCUUUUGUUGCAAUGAUCUAUCCUUUGGAAUAUAUGUUUCCAGUUAUUCCCUUGCUCCCCACUUGCAUGGCUUCAGCAGAACAGUUACUUCUAGCUCCGACCCCCUACAUCAUUGGAGUUCCAGCCAGUUUCCUCCUUUAUAAGGCUGAUUUCAAGAUGCCGGAUGAUGUGUGGCUAGUUGAUUUGGAUGCUAACAAGGUUAUUGCCCCAACUAAUGCAGAGCUGUUGCCUCUUAUGCCUGAACCUGAAGCCACUGAGCUAAAGAAGCAUCUGAAGCAGGCACUGGCGAGCAUGAGUUUAAACACUCAGCCAAUCCUCAAUCUGGAAAAGUUCAACGAAGCGCAACAACUGCCUCUACUGACUGGGCGGGCCCGGGAAGAGCAGACCUCCACUCCAUCCACCGAAUUCAAUCCCCUCAUCUACGGCAAUGAUGUCGACUCUGUGGAUAUCGCCACCCGCGGGGCCCGGGACCCAUACCGAGGUCCGCUGGGGCCUCUCGUUCACCGAUGUCGGCAGAGACCGCGCGACGCACUGACUCGAACCCCUCUAAAAGGGAUGACUCCGCGUCCUCCGGCCUGCCAAGGAAAGCCCGGCCAGAACAGCGACAUGGCACAGCCCGCUAAUGCCAUGGCCCGGUCCCUGGACACAGCGGCCCCGAAACACAGUGGCCCAAAUGAACAACAGUCGCAAAUGGGGAUUCCUGGACCACUCGGAGAUGAUCUUUCAUUCUUGAUUGAAAUCCGUCAGUGUGGUUGCACCCUGGGAGAAUCAGUGAUAAAAUUGUUGUUAGUUCCAUCAGUUCAAAGUUACUGCAUGACCCAGACAUACAAUUGUAUUUGUGAACUGAUUUGCUUGACAGUUGGAUGUGCUGCUUGCACAUAUCUUCUCCUCAUAUGUGAUUCUGAAAAUCCUCUUCUUCAUUACAGUGGGAGUGACAGUGUGGAUUAUGAUGACUCCAGCUCUUCCUACUCCUCCCUGGGUGACUUCGUCAGUGAGAUGAUGAAGUGUGACAUCAAAGGCGACACACCCAAUAUUGAUCCUCUGACCCAUGCUGCCCUUGGUGAUCCCAGUGAGAUAGAGUUCCAGGGAUUUCAGAAAUUCCGGGAAGAUGCAGACGACCAGGGGCUGGACAGUGAAAAUUCUCUGGAGAACAAUCAACCUCGUUCAAGCUCAAGCACAACAGCAAGCAGCAGCCCCAGCACAGUCAUACAGGGAAUUAAUCAUGAGUCCAUCGACUCUGUGGAGGCUGAUGAAAAAACUCUGACAUUCCACAAUCACAUCGCAGCCACCUCGAUUCAGGCUUUUUCUAAAGCCAGCUUGGAGCAGCGGGAGAACGAUGGUUUGUCUGAGGGUUUGGGCCAUCAGAAGGACUAUGACAACCCCUACUUUGAGCCUCAGUAUGGCUUCCCUGCUGAGGAAGACGAGGGUGAAGAUGAUCAAGGGGAAAGCUACACCCCCAACUUCGUUCAACCCAUCAAUGGAAACCGGUCCAUGAAGCCGCUUCGUCCCAACAGUUUGAGACUUCCAAGUGAUUCUGAAGUGGAAUCUGAUUCUCGAGCAAGUUCCCCAAACUCCACCAUUUCCAACAACAGCAGCGAGGGCUUUGGAGGAUUUAUGUCAUUUGCCAGUAACAUCUACAAGAACCGUGGCAGCAGCUUCAGCCUCUCUAACCUGGCAUUACCAACCAAAGCAGGGCGAGACAAGAGCACACCGUUCCCCAGCCUCAAAGUAUUUGGGCUAAAUACUAUAAUGGAGAUUAUUACCGAAGCUGGAGUGGGUAGUGAAGGUACGAGGCGAGCUCUCGUGGAUCAGAAAUCAUCAGUCAUAAAACACAGCCCGACUGUGAAGAGGGAGUCUCCAUCACCGCAAGGCAGAGCGAACAACAGCAGUGAGAACCAGCAGUUCCUGAAGGAGCUUGUACAGAACGUACUAGACGGGCAAGGUGUUGGAUGGUUAAGCAUGAAGAAGGUACGGCGACUCCUGGAAAAUGAGCAGCUCCGUGUGUUUGUCCUCAGCAAACUCAACAGGACAAUCCAGUCUGAGGAGGAUGCUCGGCUGGAUAUCCUGAAGGAUGUGGAGAUCAGUAAGAAGGUUUAUAGGGGGAUGUUGGACCUACUGAAGUGUUGUGUGGCCAGCCUGGAACACUCAUACAGCAACGCUGGCCUGGGGGGAAUGGCCAGCGUUUUCACCCUACUUGAGAUCGCUCACACUCACUAUUACAACAAAGAGCCGGACAAGAAAAAACGGAGUCCGACAGAGGGAAGCCCCUUUAUUGGUAGGAAGGAGCCCAUGCCCUCAAAGGGAGAUAUGAAGCCCCUCAAUGCACCAGUGACACAUCUACAAGUCCCACCUAAAGCCACCGUCAACAAGGGGCUGGGCGAGUAUGACUCCCGGAGUCUAAAUGAAGAAAACUUUUUGGCUUCAAUCGAGUUAUGGAACAAGCACCAGGAUGUGAGAAAACAAAAAGCUUUGGAAAAACAGAGUACUGAGAGCCCAAAACACUUACCAGACUUCGACCCAGAUGAGAAGAAAUCACAAAUCAGUGCGGAUAGCGGCAUGAGUGUAACAAGCUUGCAGAAGAGUGACUGUGAGUCUAUCACCAGCUCUGAACCGCCUGCACUCACCAGGAGCACCAGCCAAGAAUCGGAAAGCAGCACCGUCAGUAACAGUUCUGGGGAAACUCUGGGAGCGGAUAGUGACUACAGCAGUACUGCUGGUGAAACUAUGCAGGGAAAACACAACUUGGCGACAAAGGUAUCCAGAGGGACUCUUUCUGACAGCGAGAUUGAGACCAAUGCUGACACCAGAUACAUCUUUGGUAAAUCACACAUGCUGGUACCUGGAUUCAAUGCUCCCAAAGGUGGCAUUGUGAGUCCCCAGCCUCCAACUGCACCAGAAGAUAUCAGUCAGAGGGUUUACCUGUUUGAAGGAUUGCUGGGGAGAGACAAGAGUUCAAUGUGGGACCAACUGGAGGAUGCGGCCAUGGAAACAUUAUCUAUGAGUAAGGAACGCUCAGUGCUGUGGGACCAGGUCCAGUUUUGGGAGGACACCUUCCUUGAUGCGGUGAUGUUAGAGAGAGAAGGAAUGGGCAUGGACCAGGGCCCACAAGAAAUGAUCGACAGGUAUGUGUCCCUGGGGGAUCACGACCGGAAGCGGCUGGAAGAUGAUGAGGACCGCCUGUUGUCCACGUUACUCUUCAACAUGAUUGUAUACAUGCUGAUGGUCAAGAUGAACAAAAACGACAUCCGGAAGAAGGUGCGGAGGCUGAUGGGUAAAUCGCAUAUUGGUCUGGUUCAUAGCCAGGAGGUGAAUGAGCUGCUGGACCGCAUACCACAGCUGGAGAGCCACGAUCUCCACAUACGACCCUGUGGCAGUCGUCACAUCAAGAAGCAGACCUUUGUGGUGCACGCAGGAACCGACACCAAUGGUGAAAUCUUCUUCAUGGAGGUAUGCGAUGACUGCAUAGUUCUCCGCAGUAACAUUGGGACAGUCUACGAGCGAUGGUGGUAUGAGAAACUCAUCAACAUGACGUACUGUCCCAAAACAAAAGUUCUAUGUCUCUGGAGACGUAACGGGCAGGAGACUCAACUCAACAAAUUCUACACUAAGAAGUGUCGUGAGUUAUACUACUGUGUGAAGGACAGCAUGGAGCGUGCAGCUGCAAGGCAACAGAGCAUCAAACCAGGUCCUGAGCUUGGAGGUGAGUUCCCGGUUCAGGAUAUGAAGACUGGAGAUGGAGGCCUGCUGCAGGUGACCCUGGAAGGGAUCAAUUUGAAGUUCAUGCAGAGCCAGGUUUUCAUUGAACUGAGUCACAUUAAAAAGUGCAAUACAGUCAGAGGAGUCUUUGUCCUGGAAGAAUUUGUUCCACAAACUAACGAAGUGGUGACUCACAAGUACAAGACCCCAAUGGCCCAUGAGAUCUGUUACUCUGUACUGUGUCUGUUCUCCUACAUGGCUGCAGCAAGAGGGAAAGAGAUGGAGAGCAAGAACAAGGUAACCCCAGCACGGUAAGACAUCAGCUUGUCACACCAUCCCAACCGCUGCCCAUCGCUCAACAUCCAGGUCAGCACUCCUGCAGCUCAAAUACACUUGGGUUCAUGGCAAUAACUGCUGCUUAACUUGUACUUGCCCUCCCCAAUCCAACUCCAUUUGCCUACAGCUUGCCCAGUUUAGAACAUUUAAGCACUUGGGCUAAAUGUAAUUACAUGCUAGCUUCUGCAUUGUAACAAUAAACUAUGGGCAACAUCUUCAAUAUUAGUUCUACACUGGUUUUUAUAACUUUCACUGGAUUCACUGCAAACCUGCCCAUCAAGGACCACUCCUAUACUGGAUUCACUGUAAACCUGACCAUCGAGGACCACUCCUAUACUGGAUUCACAUAAACCUUCGCAUUGAGGGCCAUUCCUACACCGGCAAACCUACAUGAUGAAGACCACUCCUACAUUGGAUUCACUGUAAACCUACCCAUCAAGAACCACUCCAGUACUGGAUUCAAAGUAAAUCUUCCCGAGGACCACUCCUUCACAGGAUUCACUGCAAGCUUACCCAUCGAAACCCACUCCUGCAUUGAAUUCGCUGCAAAUCUACCCAUCGAGAACCACUCCUAUGCUGAAUUCACUGAUAAGUUACCUAUUGAAUGUCACUCCUACACUGGAUUCAUUCCCUGUGCACCCACAGCGGACUUUUUGUUUACUGAAAUCACUGGAUGUUUACCCGCAGAGAACUAGUUCUGCGCAGAAUCCACUCUAUGUUCUCCAAUUGGAACUGCUACACUGGAUUUAUAUUUCACUCGCACAUUUAAGAUUUACUCAGAUAUUUGCAGAUUCAUCCACUGAUCACUUCUGACGACUGCACUGAAAGGAAUCGUGGAUGAGAGUUGCUCGUUUAAACCCUGCUAAUUAAUUGCAACAUCAUCCCAUCAUUCAAUUCACGGGAGAGGCGUCUUCAAAAGAUUUUUGCACCCUGGAUUUGCCAGCUAAGGAGCAAUCUCGGUUUGGAUUCACUGCGGACUGACCACAGGAGGGAUCCUCCCAAGGCUGCCUACAGUCAGUUUGAAGAAUGUUCCUGUAAUCCCAUUGCUCAGACUGACACAAGUACAUACAAUACAUGAUGACCAACAGAGCCAAGUGGGCAGUCAAGUCCACUCAUCGGUUUCCAGUUGUUUUCGUUGCUCUUUUCCUGCAUGCGCCAUGGCGGAGCUCUGUGUCGAUCACACGUGAGACGUGAGGUGCAACCUUGUUUAUAGGCAGGUGAUUUGCACAGUGCAUAGACUAUACAAUAUGCACUGUUGCUCUGCGGCCUCCUACUUAGUCUGUACGGUGAAAGUAACUGACCACAUUCAGGUGCUCAUUGAUCCCUUUGUGAUCGUUGGGAUUCAGAGAUGUUUGACCAAGUUGAUUACUUAAAUGCAACUGCCUGUAGGUGACUGGGAGAGGUUGGAACUCCAGCACUGACAUCAGACAUGGGCUGCCUUCUCCACCACCGCGCCACCAUUCCAAUCCCAGCCAGACACUUACAGCAUUACCCAUAUCAACUGGGCACUUCCAUAUGCUGCCUCUUGGGUACCAUCUGAAAGGGUCACACUAUCCAGUACCCCACGCUACUCUUAUCUGAUUUCAGACCCAUGACUGACCUUUCCAAAUCUCAAUCCCUACUAUUCAUCCUCGAAUGCAGGAUCAAGGAGAUCUGUAACAACUGUAAGUCCCCUGUUAAACUAGAAGAAGUGUUUUCAGUGCAAAGUUCUCAAUAGCAACUCAGAGGCUAGGGCAAGGGUUCCCAACCUAUUUCCUCCCGUUACCCCUUUAAUAACACUUAACAAUGUUAUUUCACUUAUUUAUGAACAACUAAUGAUGAACAGAUACCGGUAUACCAGAACCAAACACAGUCAGUCAAUGAGAAAAAAACAUGUACAAAUCCAGAAUCAACAAAUUUACGCCCUGGGUAGGUGAAAUUUACCCCAGGUUGGGAUUCCUUGAGCUAGGGUAAGAGUCAUUGUCUUUCUGUGCAUAGUGAGUGGCAUAAACAUCUCCAGACAAAAUGAUCCACCCAGAAGAAUUAUUUCCUCUCUAUUCACAGUAACACAAAGGUCCCUUCUCUGUAUGCAGAGUAACAGAGGAAUAAUCCUCUCUCAUUUAGCAACAGUACACACAAUGAAUUGCAGAUGCUGGAAUUUUGAGUACUUGAGAGUAAUCUGACCAUAAAUAUGAGCAAAGCCUCUGUCCUUACCCCUCCCCCACCCCCUCGUGCCCAGUGACAUCUAGUCAGUAACCAAAAUGAAAGGAGGGGCCCUCAUGGAACCAAUGAAAUACUCCUCCUGGUAUUGAGUAUGACAAAUAAUUAGACCUGUGCCCCGCGGACAGAGGGAUAAUUACGUCUAUGUAUUCUGGAGAGGAAUAAUGCACUAUAUCCCCACCUCCCAAGGCGUGAUCCUCAUCCAACACAGUGAGAGAAGAAUAAUUCCAUCCCCAUCACCAGACAGUGAAGCACCCUGUGCUCGGUGUAAAUGAAGGUGAAUCUAUUUCUCUCCAAGGAUGUUGUGUGAACAGCUGAGUGUUUCUGGCAUUUUCAGCUUUUCUUUCAGGUUGCCUUUAGCUGGAGAAAUAUUCCUGUCCCCAUAGAGCGCCAAGGAAGAACGCACUUCAAGCACACUUAGAACGUACUCCCACUGUGCACAGAAUAAUUCCCAUGCAAUGGGUGGGGGAAAACCUCUCAAUAACCAGAGAGAGACCAUAAGACCUAGGAUCAGAAUUGGGACAUUCAGCCCAUCGAGUCUACGCUGUCAUUCAAUUACAGCUGAUCUAAUUUUCAUUUUCGACCCCAUUCUCCUGCCUUCUCCCCAUAACUUUUGACAUCCUUACUAUUCAAGAAUCUACCAAUCUCUGCUUUAAAGAUACCUAAUGACGGCCUCCAUUCUGAAGGUACAUCCAUUUUUUUGUGAGGCUGUGCCUUCAGCUUCAAGGCUCUCCCAUUACCGGAAACAUCCUUUCCACAUCCACUCUAUCUAGGCCUUUUAUUGUCGGUAGGUUUCAAUGAGAUCCUCCCUCAUCCUUCUAAACUCCAGUGAGUGCAGGCCCUGAGCUUUCAAAUGCUCCUCAAAUGCAACACAAUCAUCCCCAGGAUCAUUCUCGUAAACCCCCUCGGGACCCUCUUCAAACCCAGCAGAUCCUUCCUCAGAUAUGAGGUCCAUAACUACUCACGAUAUAUCCAAAUGUGGCAUCUGAUAAAGCCACAGCAUUACACCUUGCUUGUAUAGUCUAGUCCCCGUGAAAUGAAUAUUAACAUUGCAUUUUCCUUCCUUGCCUGUACUCAACCUGUAAAUUAAUCUUUAGGCAAUCCUGCACCAGCACUCUCGUCCCUUUGCACCUCCGAAUUCUGAAUCAGCUCCGCAUUUGUAAAGUAGUCUAUGCCUUUAUUCCUGUUACCAAAGUAUAUGACCCUGCACUUUGCUACGCUGUAUUCCAUUUGCCAAUUCUUUGUCCACUCUCCAAACUUAUCUUAGUACUGCAGCCGCAAACUUGGCCACAAAGCCAUCAAUUCCUUCAUCCAGAUCCAUUAAAAUAUGAUGUGAAAAGUAGCGGGUCCAACCAACCCCUGCGAAACACCACAGGUCACCGGCAGUCGUGCAGUAAAGGCUCUCUUUAUUCCCACUCUUUGCUCUGACUUGCUUAUUUCCCAGUAAUACCUUCCUAAUACACUUGAUUUCUCCUCAUCCUCAUCCUGUUGACCUCUCCUCAUCCAUCUAGUACAUGAGACGGGAGGUGAAGCAGGCAGUGUAUGUUUUAAGCACUGACUGCAGGCAGUGUGUCGAUGGUCAGGGUUUUAUGCUUGAUGUGAAAAUGGAACUUACAGCUUUUCUCCUUUUUGUCAUGUGUGUUUUAUGUUAGAUAUUCUGAUCUAGUUUGGCCAGCAGGGAUGGUAUUCUUUGUGUUUGUAGCUUACUGUUAUAGGAUUGGGAUUUCUGGUGUAAAUAAUUCAGUAUUACAUGUAUUUAUAGCACUGUACAGUAUCUUGAAUGUUGCAAUAAAACCAGUCCAUGUGUCUCUGUC